GUCAAGUCGGGGUUCUUCCACGAGAACGACUCCAAACUGCUGUCCAAGUCCAUCCGAGACCGGGUCUCGUUCAUCAAGAGGAAGCGGCAGAGGACGCAGCAGAUGAGGGAGGUGGAGGAGCAGGAGAGGCUGCGGUCCCAGAUGGAGCAAUCAGCCGCAGCCUCCCAGUCCGCCACAGGCUGGCAGCCCAGUCUACCCGAGUCCGAGGAUCCUGAGGUCGAUCAACAUGCGCAGCAGAGCAAGCUGCUGAUGGCCACUGCCUCAUUGGACGCAGUCACCGACAGCAACCUGGGACCCGACCCGCGGGCAGGAGCUGCAGGGCCCUCUGUGGUCUCUGAGGAAAACCUGUGCCCACAGCAUCUCUCCUCAGGCUCGAGUGUGGAGUCCCAUCCUGUGUCCCUGAGCCACCAGCCAUCUCAACAGCAAGUGAUGAGCAACUACCCGCAAUCCAUGGCGCCCACACCGCACCAGGCAACCCCUGACCCCCAGCGACCGGCAAGACACGUGCAGGAUUCUAUCAGGUAGGGACCGUUCUCAACCACAAGCGCCGUUGCCCUAAUGCUCUCCCCACCUUCCCCCCCGAGAUAUCUCAGCUCUGCCGUGCCAUCGCUCGGGGCAGCUGUGGGUGAGACGCGGGUGAUUCCCCCUCCCCAGUCCAGCCGACCGAUUUCAUGUCGUCCCAAACAGUGGCUGAGGUUGGCUCUUUAUUCUGGGUGACAGAUCAAAAAAUACCGCUCUUCCGAACGAAACGACGCGAACACCCAACGAUUUAGGUCUGAGAUGAAAGCAGCUAAGCCUCCCCCCACUCCCCGUGCCGUUGUGUUCCAGCCGCACCACCCCUACCUUUCUGAGCACCGAAGAAUCCAUCGAGUUAAGCUCUCUGGGGAAGAGAGGAUUUGUCUGAACACCUUUCACAUCCCCCAGCUUCUCCUGUUCUGCGUGACGUACAGGGAAGCCAAUUCCGCUCAGCUAACUCCUUGGGGUCAGCGGUAGCCAGAUGUUUACCGUCUCUGAAUGGGCCGGGGGCUGGGGCCUGU